AUGGAUGUAACUUUUGAACUGCAAAGAGGAAGACCAUUCUCAAUUGAAGUAGGUUUUUUCGAUACUAUUUUAGAAAUCAAAGAAAAAGUUCAAAAGUACCAAGGAAUUCCAAUCUCCAAACAAACCUUAGUUUUCAAUGGCCAGAUUCUUCAAGACGACGGCGAUAUUUGGAAAUGCGAAAUUUUUCAAAACUCGCGCAUUCAUCUUAUGGUUGCCGCCGCAGAUUCUGAUCAUUCGAAACUACCAAUAGAUCAGGAUACCAAAUUUCAGCUUAAUGUCAAAACUUCUACGUCCAUAUCUCACAUUCCUAUCGAAAUCGACAAAAAAGAUACCAAGCUUAAAGAAAAAAUUCAUGACAGUGACCAAAAUAAUGUUCCAUUGAGCAAUGCCAUGUUGCAUGCAACUGGAACCGAAUUGCAUGAUAAUCAUUUCUUACGCGAUUUUGAUGUUUCAGAGAAGAGCGAAAUCGAGGCGAGUUUGAAGCCACAGGGAUCGGAGGCACCUGCAGUGGUUAGCGGCGGAGGUGGAGGAGGAGGAACAUCAAAGAAGUUGAAGCUGAUGGUUUUGCCUAAAAGUGGAACAAAGAAAGUAGCUGUUGAAAUGAAUGCUUCUGAUAAUGUUGGAGAAUUGAAGAAAGAGCUUCAUAAGUUAAAUCAAAGGCUUCAAUUUCAUCUUCCAUCAGAAGGUUAUUUUUUCAUUUACAAACAAAAUGUUAUGGAUGAUGAUAAGUCAUUCCGAUGGCACCAUGUUUGUCAAGGUGAUACCAUUGAAAUCUUUAAUGGUAGUGUCACUGGUGGAUCAUGA